AUGGCGAAGAAGAGGAAGCGCAGCUCCGAUGCUCCCGCGUCAGCCGCCGUAGAGAAGCCCGACGACUCUGCGCCGGAGCGGCCGGAGCGCACCCUCUUCGGCUUCAAGGACCAGCCGGACUCCCCCGCCGAGCCUGCUUCGAAGGACGCGGGCCCCUUCUUCCGGAACAAGGAGAAGGUGCUCAUUACGUGCUCCCGCCGCAUCAUCUACAGGUACCGGCACCUGAUGCAGAACGUGGUGUCGCUGCUGCCGCACGCCAAGAAGGACAGCAAGGUUGAGUCCAAGCAGAGCAAGGGCAGCGCGCUCAACGAGCUGGUCGAGCUCAGGAGCUGCUCCAGCUGCCUCUUUUUCGAGUGCAGAAAACAGAAGGAUCUUUACCUUUGGAUGGUCAAGUCUCCCGCAGGGCCAUCAGUGAAAUUUCUAGUCAAUGCUGUUCACACUAUGGAGGAACUCAAGCUCACGGGUAACCAUCUGAAAGGGUCACGUCCUCUGCUAACAUUUUCUUCAAAUUUUGACCAGCAGCCUCACUGGAAACUCUUGAAGGAAAUGAUAACUCAAAUUUUUGCUACUCCAAAAGAUCAUCGGAAGGCAAAACCUUUUCAUGAUCAUGUGUUUGUCUUCUCCAUUGUGGAUGACCACAUUUGGUUCAGAAAUUACCAGAUUUCUGUACCCCACAAUGAGAUUGAUAAAGUUGAUAAAGGAGGCCUAGAUAAAAUGACACUUGUUGAGGUUGGCCCCAGAUACUGUUUGAAUCCAAUCAAAAUAUUUGGUGGUAGUUUUGGUGGCCCCACAUUGUAUGAGAACCCAUUCUAUGUGUCUCCCAAUCAGAUCCGCGCUCUAGAGAAGCGGAAGAAGGCAGGCAAGUACGCCAAGAAAGUGAAGGCCAAGGUGAGGAGGAAGAUGCAUGAGAUGGAGAACACCCUGGAGCCCGAUGAAUUUGCUGAUCUUUGGAAAGGGGAAGACUAG